CCACCACCACCACCACCACCACCGACGCCACCAAUCUUCACCCUCUCAACUGUAGCAGAAUCCCUCCUUUAACCAGCUGGGUCUUGACCUCUGUACUAAUACAAAGGCAACAGCAUCACUAUGGCCCGCUUGUCUGGUCUGCAGAAGGAGGUCCUCGGACUCUACCGCAAGUGCCUGCGCGAGUGCUGCAAAAAGCCGGAAGCCACCCGGGCUCACUUCAAGGCCUUUGCUAGAACCGAGUUUGAAAAGAACAUCAAGGUCGACAAGAGAGACUUCUCCGCCAUCGAGUUCCUCCUGCGCAAGGGGUCGCGCCAGCUGGAAAUUCCCAGUGUCGCCCGCCGCGCAGCCGACCAAGUCUUUCGCAAACCCCUCAGUCUGUCCUUCCAAAAACUCCGUCGAGCUCAGGCCAAGCGGCACGCCAUCAAAGUCCGUGUCUCGUCUGUCCGCUCCAACGGGAGCCAGAACCGUCUUUCUUCGGGGUCCUCGAGAAAAAGGUCGCCGUAUCAGCGCAGCAAGCCUAGCCCUCCAAAGCGUGGGAAUGGUGGUGCUAUACCGGUGAUCUGGCAGGAUAUCGACUACAAAGGAGGCCCGAGACAUCUGGACAAGAGUCACGGUUCGUAUUCCAAGGUUACACCCUAUGAUGCCUCCUCUUCGCAGGAAGACCAGCACUGUUGCCUGGGAAGCCCGUCCAAGAAAGAUGCGGAGAAACCACCCGGAGCGUACUGGGGAGAGCUUCCAAAAUCACCUGUGAAAUCACCGCCCAAGGUCCCCAAGCCGCCAGCCAAAGAGCCACUGUUACACAUCAGCAGAGAUAAGCGAUCCGUCAUCCAGUUGCGACCCCUUCCUCCCCCGCCUGAAGGCCCGAGUGCUCCAAUGCCGAAGCCAAGACCAAGUCCAGGUACACCAACUCCAAGAGGAAAAGCUCCCGUGAGACCGGCUCCCGUCAGACCGGGGGCAUCACAGCUGCGCAAGCUUCCACUGCAUCCUCAGACGUGGGUCCCUCCCGAGACCUGGGGUUCCACUAACAGACGGCUCAAACCUCACAGGAAAGGCUCUGGUAGUAAAGACCGCGUCCACGCAUCAUCAUCCAACAGCCGCCAUAUUGUAUCCCGCUUCUGCAACCGUCGACGAGCGUUGAAUAGGUCGAAAGAGCCCCAGGAGGCACAAUCGACGGGCGGUGCUCGCAAGAUUCCAGAUUCUCCUGCUUAUGUCGGUGAGACGCAUGAAUCCAUUCGCACGGUGAAUCAGCUUCUCCCCUACCGAGACCAGUUCCGAGAAGCCGGGCUUGCGGUGACAUCCAAGGAGCAAAGGGCAUACCACCGGAGAGGCAAACUCGCACCUUUGCUUGGGAAGAUGUCACCACCAGGAAGUGAAUGGCUGAGACUAGACGGAGGUACCGAGACUAAGGAGCUCAACAAUGAGAUGAUCGACGGUGGCCUUAGUAAGAAAGAUGACUCUCCCUCUCCUAUCAAUGUUGAACAGAUAUCACAGAAGAGCGGAGAAUACAAGCCACCCAACGCGUCAUUGUCACCACCACCCAAUUCAACAACAACGCCAGAAGCAGUGUUUUCAGACGGCGAAGCAUCAUCCCCAGAGCGCCAGCCUCCCUCGAUCCCCGACGAAGAGAAGAAAGGAAACACCCUACCAACAACCAACCCACCACCUGCACCAAAAGUCCAGGGCAUUUCAAACUCCAACAAAUCCCUCCCUGCCCUUCCUCGCGUCUUUUCCCAAGUCCUAGUCCGACACGGAAGUGGUCUCUCGCGCAACUCCAGCUGGAGCGCAGCCAUGCGUCAAUUCCCGCCUACCAUUGUGGAACAAAAGGAACCAUCACCAGACAAACAACAGCAACAAAAAGUCAUUAACCAUGGUCGUCAACAAAACACCACCACCACCCCAUCCAUUCGGUCCACUGCCACCACCACCAGUUACGGAACGGCCAUUAUCAUCCAGCCAGCAGCAAAGAGUUACGGCCAAUUACUGAUACGCAAUACCAAACGAAACAGCGUUAGCGAAGCCACUGUUAUCGCCAAAACUCCCCAUCCCAGUAUCGUAUCAAGCAUAGAGGUGCCGGAGAGUGUCAGAUCCGGACCCGGCACGCUUUCAUGCUUAGAUAAAGCUCUUGAUGAAGCUGUGCGACGGAUGCAAGCCAUGGGGGAGAGUGUAGCUACUUCUACUCCUUCCAGUACAAUCAAGUCAUCGCCGAAAUCGAAACAAAACAAAGUGACGGGGAAACAUCAACGAUCCACGAGCAGCAAAACUGCGCCGUCUCCGUCGCAGAGGUUGCAAAAAGCUGCGGCGUUGAGGAGGCAGAAGAUGGUGCUGAGUGGUACAUGUGCGGUGGGGGGUAAUCGCAGUCCGCGGUCAAAGCCUCCUUCUCUGGCCAGCACGGUGGAAAGGGAGGAGGAGCAAGGAGGUGGAACGACGACGGCAUCGCCCACGCCGGAAGUGGGAGAAGCAAUGGCUGUGGUUAUUCCCAGGGCGCCGUCGUCAAGGCCACCACCUCCCAGUCCGGAGUCGUCGUCGGUGUUGGCUUCUAUUGAAGUGCACUGUCCGCCGUUUACGGUUCCAGAUUCAGCUUCGGCGACGAUGACGUAUAUCACCGGAAUUGAAGGUCGCGCGCCGCUACGGAUUACUCGCCCUGAAUCGCGUCAUGGUCAUGGUCAUGAUUCCGCUGCGGUUCCUUCACUCUCACCUUCUAGACUUGGGCCGGAGAACCGCCACCUCCCCGCGACCGAUAUCCUCAAAGGGCUACAAAUCAUGUGCGCCGCGUCGGCAGACGAAGAACUAGAUGCGUGGUUUCGACAUAAGACGGGGUUGCGGCUGAGGCGGUUCUUGGUGGAUUUGAGGACGUUUGAGGAGGUGUUGUGA